UUUUACUGUUUAUAAAUACACAAUUCCCAAAAAAAAUUCACGCCCAUUUCAUUGCUUCUCCAUUUUUCUCCUUUCAAUUUCUCCUCCAAUCACUUCCAACGACGCCGUUUAUCUUCGAGACUCGCCGUCGAUCAUACUCUUCCGUUCUCCGACGCGCCGAUUCCAUGGCUCUAGAACAGUCUUUUGGUGAACCUAUUAUCGGUUUUGGAUCUGAUGAAGACAUUUCCCUAAAGAAAAGGAACUCAUUUCCAGUUCCAAUGGCAAACCCUGGAAAUCUGAUGGGAUGUUUUGAUUGCAACAUUUGUCUUGAUUCUGCACACGAUCCUGUUGUCACUCUCUGUGGUCACUUAUACUGCUGGCCUUGCAUUUACAAGUGGCUUCAAGUGGAGAACUCUGCCCCAGGAUCAGAAGAGACACCUACAUGUCCGGUCUGCAAAUCUCACAUCUCAAACUCCUCAUUGGUACCUCUCUAUGGCCGCGGUACAUCAUCAGAAGAAUGCAGAUCCAAUGAGUCUCAAGUUGAUGUGGUCGUACCUCACAGGCCUCAAGCCAUUUGGACAACAGCCACUCAAGUUAACACAUCAUCACCUCCGACUUCUCAUGUUCAUCAACAACUUAAUCACACUUCUUUGUAUUAUCCACCACCCUCAAUUCAUCACCAACAGUUCUUCCCCCACGCCUUUGGUGGCUAUGCAGCUAUAGCUCCAUCUACCUUCGGAGGCUCUGGAAUGACUCGAUUAUUCAGCCCAAUGGUCGUGAUGUUUAGUGAAAUGUUUCUCGCGAGGAUGUUGGGGGGCUCGGAUGCAAGCUCGUUCUCCUAUCCUUAUCUUAGCUCUUACCCCAUCCCAGGAGGCGGUAGCUCUAGAAUGAGAAGGCAAGAAAUGCAAAUGGACAAAUCUCUCAACAGAUUAUCCAUCUUUCUCUUCUGCGCCUUCAUCUUGUGCCUUCUCCUAUUCUGAUCACUAUUAUUACUAUAUGCUUCUUCAUCAUUGUACAGAUGUAAAAAAAUAUCUGACUGUACCCGAUACCUAUGGACGAUCUAUUGAAACGCAUAGGUGGCAUCAGUCUGGCGUUAACAACAAUAACAACAUAUCCAGUGUAAUCUCACGAGUGGGAUCUGGGAAAGGUUAAGUGUGUGUAGACCUUACCCGUACCUCGUGGAGAUUGAACAUGUAGUUGAUAGUUAAAGAAAAGAAUAACAUGACUUAUAGUGAUUAAGCAUAAAAGGCUCUAUUUCUUGCAAAGGUUGCUUUAAUCUU